AUGGCCAAUUGCAAUGAUGAAUAUUUCUGUCAAAAUAAGUUGUUGCUUGAGCCAAAGGAGGCUAGUUUGCGCGACCUCGCUCUCCUCCUAUUCUCCUCUGAUUUAAAAUUUAGAAGAUUCGUUGACUACUCCGAUGAGCAUCGGCGAGGAGAUUUUAAUCGCCGAUGGCUCAUUUUCAUUUCGGUUCUCCUGCAAAAAAUCCUUCUUUCUUGCAGGAAGCCCUUGGCUCAAAUAGGGAACGCUUUAGAGACUUCGUUAAAUCUUCUCUCAAACAACGGUGGCUUUUUCAAGCUCUUGUUGAAUUAUUUGAGGGGGAAGGUUGUGAGGCCGGAUGAAUCAUCAGCAGAGUUCAGAUCUGUGAUAGGACAUGUUGACUGGAGAUUAGAACUAGACAGGAGUAGCAGACCUGGGCAAAUAAAAUAUAAUGCAUCCUUGUCUUUGAUGGCCGCUAAAUUGUCAUACGAAAAUAAAGCUUUCAUCGAAGCCGUUGUCAAAAAUCAUUGGAAUGUUGACCCAAGCUUAAUUGUGGUGGCAUUCAGAGGAACCAACCCAUUUGAAGCUUACGACUGGAGCACAGAUGUGGAUCUCUCGUGGUAUGAGCUUCAAGGCAUUGGUAAGAUCCACCGUGGCUUUAUGAAAGCUCUGGGCCAACAAAAGAAUGGCUGGCCUAAAGAAAUUGAACAUGGCAGUGACCAUCUUUAUGCAUACUAUGAAAUUAGACGAAUGCUAAGGGACGUAUUGCAGAAGAACGAGAAAGCAAAAUUUAUAUUAACAGGGCACAGCUUAGGUGCGGCAUUGGCUAUAUUGUUUGUGGGUGUGUUGGCAUUACACCAGGAGGCUUGGUUGCUUGAGAGAUUGGAAGGGGUUUACACAUUUGGGCAGCCUCGAGUAGGAGAUGGGCAGUUUGGGGAAUUUAUGGUGGAUAAGUUGAAAAGGUAUGAUGUGAGAUACCUGAGGUACGUCUAUUGCAACGACAUGGUGCCUAGAUUGCCCUAUGAUUACAAAUCUCUUCUAUUCAAGCAUUUUGGUGGCUGCCUCUUCUACAAUAGCUGCUAUAAAGGAAAGGUGAUGCAAGAAGAGCCGAACAAGAACUACUUUUCUUUGUUCUGGGUUGUCCCCAAGUAUUUGAAUGCUGUUUGGGAGUUGAUUAGAGGUUUUAUAAUCCCUUAUUUCGAAGGUCAAGACUAUAAAGAAAAUUGGAUUACGAGACUGAUACGGAUUGCAGGAUUGAUAAUUCCAGGAUUAUCAGCACAUGCUCCUCAAGAUUAUGAUAAUUCUACUCGAUUGGAAUCUUCCUUAUCUUCGUUAUCCCUUCAGCUUCAGAAUUAUCAACAACAACUUCACCAAGAGUGA